AUGCGGGUUACACGCUCUUUUUUGGCCAGCACUUUGCUGCUAGCAAGUGUCUCAGCCACUGCUCUGGACGCUCGUGCUCAGGGUACUGGUGACGAUGAUUCCAAAAUCACCACCGUGACCAAGACCAAUUGGCAUACUGUGUCUGCGUGCCCCCGCACUACCGCUCUUUUGUCCUCUCCUACCUCCGGUCUUGUGGAAUCCAACCCGGGACAGUCUGGCGAUUUUGUCAACAAAUCUGGCAGUGAAUCGGGCUCUGGCUCUAAGUCGGGCUCUGGCUCUGAGUCAAGCUCUGGCAGUGAAUCGAGCUCUGGCUCUGAGUCGAGCUCUGGAUCGAGCUCGGGCUCGGGCUCAGGAAAGCAGUUUACUACUUCGACUGUCUAUGCCACUAAUAUCCAUACUGUCACUGCUUGUCCUUCUACUGUAAAGGAUUGCCCAGCCUCGGAAAAGACCACUUACUUGACCACCGAAACUGUCAUUGAUUAUACCACUGUCUGUCCCAUCACGGAGUCCGCCACCCGAACCGGUGCUGGUGCUGGUGCUGGGAGUGUCUCCGAUACUGGUGGAGCCGGGUCUACCCAGACCAUCACUGGCGCUGGGGGUGAAGAAUAUACUACUUCUACCGCCUAUACUACCAGUGUGCACACUGUGACCGCUUGUCCAUCUUCCGUCACCGACUGCCCGGCGUCUCAGAAAACAACAUAUGUGACUACGGAUACGAUCAUCGACUACACAACUAUCUGCCCCAUCACUGCCACUGCCACUUCUACUAGCUCCAGCGUUGGCCCUACCUCAACUGGUUCUGGCUCUGGUUCUGGCUCUGGCAGUGGUUCUGGCUCUGGUUCUGGUUCUAGCUCUGGCUCUGGCUCUGGAUCUGGUUCUGAGUCUGGCUCUGGCUCUGGUUCUAGCUCUGGUUCUAGCUCUGGCUCUGGCUCUGGUUCUGGUUCUGGCAGUGGUUCUGGCUCUGGUUCUGGAUCUGGUUCUGACUCUGGCUCUGGAUCUGGUUCUGGUUCUGGCAGUGGUUCUGGCUCUGGUUCUGGAUCUGGUUCUGACUCUGGCUCUGGAUCUGGUUCUGAGUCUGGCUCUGGCUCUGGUUCUAGCUCUGGUUCUAGCUCUGACUCUGGCUCUGGAUCUGGUUCUGAGUCUGGCUCUGGCUCUGGUUCUAGCUCUGGUUCUAGCUCUGGCUCUGGCUCUGGAUCUGGUUCUGAGUCUGGCUCUGGCUCUGGUUCUAGCUCUGGUUCUAGCUCUGGUUCUAGCUCUGGCUCUGGCUCUGGCUCUGGCAGUAUUACUCACUCCAAGUCACCUCAGCCUUCUUCAACUCCUUUGCAGACCUCUUCAGGCAAAUCCAGCUCGCCUUCUCAUAGCUCUGGGUCUGGAAACGGCAAUGGCAAGGGCUCUAGCUCUGGCGGUACCACUGACUCUAAGUCACCUCGACCUUCCUCAACUCCCCUACGAACCUCUGCUUCAAGCACACGCAGCUCGCCUUCUCAUGGCUCUGGUUCUAGCGCAGGCGUUUCAAGAAGUGCCACUCAGUCUAAGUCACCACAACCUUCGUCGACUCCCCUUCAGGCGUCUACUUCUGGUGCGCUUAUCUCCCCAUCUCGCUCUAUCAAGCCUACAAGCUCCACUCCUGCCAUCAAAACUAGUGCAUCUGCAUCGCCUUCUGCGACUAUUGAACCCUUGGCCUUGUAUGUUGAGCCCACUCAGUCAAAACGGAAACGUCAGACAUACAACACCGCUGUUUUGAUCGGUGGGGGUUCACUCACAGCCAGCUGUGCGAAUGCAGAUCGUUUCUAUCUCACUGGGGGACAUCUCUAUGAUGGAAAUCUGCUGGUUUCUGCGGUCAGAAAUGCAUCCAGUGCAUCAUUUGUGGGAAGCAGUCACCCAGGCCCUGUUCGAGGCACUUUCUCUAUUGUAGAUAACAUCCUCUCCUGGUCAAAUCCCGGGUUCACCAAUGGUGAAGCCUCGUUCUGCGUCUCUGGAAACACUGUCCUAGCUGUUUUCAGCGGAGAUCUGCCCACCGGAUGUGCCCCUGUUACUAUUGCUGCCGUCAGUUACUCCCAGCUGUGUUCCGGAGGCAGUGCGUCGACCAGUCUGAGCCCUAUCAGCUCACCUACGCCCUCUUCCACCGCCCUUCCUAAGUGCUCUGCCAAGUCUGACCCAGAGCUUAGCACCAAGGUCCUACCCGCUCUUGAUCCCAGCGUCGAUGGAUCCUCCCUCCUCAACCUGUCUCCCUCGAUGUAUGCUACUCUCUACUAUGCCAGCCCCAGCGGUUCCACCAUUCUCCAGGUCACCUAUAAUAUGCUCUAUCCCCAAGUGACCCUGGAGAAUUCGUACAAGAUCGCCACCGUGAUCUGCUCCGGCAACGAUUUGACGGUCACGGUAACCACUGCUGCCGCUUUCAACAUUGUCAGCCAGUGGCCCACAAAGAACUUCAUCCUCAUCACCAACUCCGGCAGCUGCAACUCAGCCUCACAGAGGGGUGUCUACAUGGUCAACUCAUACAGAACUGACGAAUCCAGCCUCACGAUUACACUUGGUGUCACCACUAAGGUCUGGGCCGAUGUAUCAGACACCAUGGAGGUCGCCUAUGGUAGCGGGCGCGUGAAUUCCACCAGCGUGUCGUACACUCCCUCGUGCACGGCAUCUUAUGCUGCAGCCAGCAGCACUCCGUCUGCAAGCUCUGGUUCCGUCAGCUAUGAAAACCUGACACCCGAGGAGAAAAAAAUUGUCGCCUACCUGACACAGAACAAUACAUACGAUGACAAUGGUAACAUUGCAGUCACUGUGCCCGCUAUCAUCGCCAAUGCUACAACCUCCAUUUAUAACCCCGACUCCAACUCCACACAGCAAGCAGCACUUGAAGAUGCUCUGCAAAACGCGGGUCUCCCAUCUGCAGAUACAAUGUGGAACAAGACUGCUAGCGAUCUCGCGGGUCACUGUUCUAACGGGGCCUACGUUCCCGCGACAACUGUCUACACCAAACGUGCACCAAAGUCACCCCGGUCCCAUCCCACUAGCCCGCUUAGCCGUCAUCAUCGGUCUAUGCUUGUCAAGCGCUCUGGACUCAAUGACGAGUCGUGGUGGAAAGACCUUUGGGACUUCGAGUGCAGCGAUCUUGUGGGGGACAUUCUUGAUGCCUUGGACGAGGAGCUGGGGGCUAUGGCAGAGCUUAUCUGCGACAUGAGGGAACUAUACGAUGAUGUCUCGGAGGCCUACGCCAAUCGUAACGCUAUUGAGUGUACCUGGACGGGUUGCUAUCUCGAUGUAGUGGUUGCAACCUAUUGGAACUUCACCUAUACCGCGAGCGUGGGAGCCUCGCUCCCAGCACAGCCACUGGAGUACUCUUCAGUUGGUACUCUGAGCUGCGUGGACUGCGGUAUAACUAUCUCCAAUCUUGAAUUCGUGGGAAGUGUCAUGAUUGCCACCUCGACAGGUAAGGUCAUGAGCGCCUUUAUGACGCCUUCCAUGAGCUGGACUGCAAACCUUGUCAUGGGUCUCGAAACUACGGACGCUUGGUCCGGAGAGUGGACGUAUAAUUUCGACACCAUCAAUUUCGAUAAGCCCAUAUCAGUCCCUGGAGAGUUUACUAUCACUCCGUCUGUAAUGUACAGUCUGGGAGUUCAAUGGUCUACUACUGCUGCUGUUGAUUUCACCGCGGGCGCUUCAAUCAGCGUGAAUGAUGGCACGCUCAACCUGGACUUAGCCAACAAUGUUGCAUCCGAAGCUGCCAAUUGGUCUCCGACGGUGGAUUAUACUUACCCUGUCUUCUCUAGCUCUGCAGACGUGUCGUUCUUGCCCAUCUUGAGAACAUCGUUCGCUAUCGCAGUGGUCGUCGAAAACGCAAACUAUGGUCAGCAGCCCGUGUAUAUCAACUCUGACACAGCCAUUGGGUUCAAUGCUGCCCUCGUUGUUGACGAUGGGGAAUACUGUGAUGCUGGUCAGCUCGAGAUGACUUCCUACUCUAAUACAAACAAUGAGCUCCUCUUCACCGGUGGCUCCACCACUGUUCUCUCUCAGUCUGGGGAUGUGUCGGGUCAGACCAAGUGCUUCAAUGUACCCAACGAAAUCCCUACUACCGACGAGGUCAACUCGCUUCGCAGCGUUGGUGGUGCCUUCUGUACCUCAUACCUCGGCUACGUGGCUCCCACCUCCGUGGCAUACGGUGUUACAACACGAACCGGACUCUCGACUGCGCAGACCACCGUGCCAACGGUUAUCUUGACCACUUCCACUGUCUACGAGUACCCCACCGUCACCAGUGUGUUCACGCAGACAACCACGGUCGAUUCUACCUCUUAUGUAACUGUCUCCGGCUCCCAAUCUCUCGGUGAUUCGUACAUGAAGAAACGAGCCCUUGCAACCGACUCCCCUAUCAAGAAGCGCUCCGCCUCUCAUGGCAAUAAGAAUGCCGCUCCUCAGCCCACCAAGGCUGCUUCAAUCGCCAAGCGUAUUGUCUCCGAGCCGGCUAUGAUUUCGACCUGGGACUCAAGCAAGAUUUCCCUCGCCUGUUCCCAGGUCGCCACUGGCACGACUACAACAACUUUCUACACUUCUACCGCUACUGCCUACUCCGGCACCGUCACAAAUACUGUCUACAGCACUAUUGACGCUCUCGGACGUCUUCAAACUGAGACAUUCUCUCGGGUCGUGAUCUCCCAAACUGCCACCACCGUCACCGGCGCUCAGGUGGCUACAGCCACCACUGCAGCCAGCUGCCCUCUCCAAACCCAGGUUUCCUGUUUUACUAUCACUGCUACUGGUCCCGAUCAUAUCGAAGGUAAGCAGCUCUACCUGUCCAGCAACAACUCCGCCCCCGUCUGGGGUGGCUGGGGCGCCGGGUACGAGAUUGGUACCUUCUACCUGACAUGCGCGGGUGAUUUGGUCUCGCUCCCCUCCAUGAAUGUCCUUGUUUCUGCGGAAGAUAUGUGGGUGGAGUUUGACAGCUUCUCGUCUGCAACCUCCAAGCAAAGCUGUUCGAAGGAUACUUCAUCUGGUAUUCUCAGCUGCGGGAGUGGAUGGUAUGCCACCACACCUGUGGCGCUCCGCUAUACCGAUUUUCGUGCAUACAGUGGAGAUUGGCAGCCUGUUUGGAAUGAUGGAACGAAUGAGGAUACUUUGACGCCUGUUGUGUUGACUUAUACUACUGUGGAUUGCCCCUGUCAGUAUUAG